GCAGCAGAUAAACAUACAAACCGCCUCACGCGCCAUCUUCUAACGACUAAGAAGCCAGAAUAAGAAACAGUGUUAAAGCGCGUUGUUGUCUGUCUGUUAGCCACACUGAGCAAUGAGUGAUAUCGAGGAUGGAACCUGUGACACACGGGGGUCACGCUCUCCGUCAAAAUCGGACGGUGGGAGUCCAGCUCGGGUCAAGUCGGAGAGAAGGUCCGGCUCACCGAACCCAUCCCGAGCCUCCAAGCGCUCUGAGUCCAGAUCCCACUCUCGCUCAAAAUCCAGGUCUCGUUCUGGGCGGCACUCGAACCGCCGUCAUAGCCGUUCACACUCUCGGUCCCAUUCCCACCGGAGGAAGUCCCAUUCUCGCUCCUACAGUCCUGAACAAAGGCGUAGGAGGAGCCAGAGCGCUUCGCCUGGGUCGAGCAGCCGCCACCAGAAUGGCAGCAGGAGCCAAGAAUUCCCAAAAGAAGCAAGCAAUCCCGGCGCUGAUGGUGAUGUGAGGGCGAACCCUGACCCCAGCAAGUGUUUGGGGGUGUUUGGCUUGAGCCUGUACACCACAGAGCGGGACCUGAAGGAGGUGUUUUCACGACAUGGCCCUUUGGCCGGGGUCAACGUUGUGUACGAUCAGCGCACGGGUCGCUCUCGUGGCUUCGCCUUCAUUUACUACGAUAGAAUUGAGGAUUCCAAAGAGGCAAUGGAGCGAGCCAAUGGCAUGGAGCUGGACGGGAGGCGCAUCAGAGUGGAUUAUUCCAUUACCAAACGUCCCCAUACCCCCACACCAGGAAUCUACAUGGGCCGACCAACUCACAAUGGUGGCGAAGGUGGUCGCGACGGGGGUCGCGACGGGGGUCGCGACGGUGGUCGCGACGGGGGUCGCGGUGGCAGCGGCGACGGUGGUCGCAGCGGAGGCGGCGGUAGCAGCGGCAGGAGAGGGAGGGACAGGGACUCUUACAAUGAUCGUGGAUACGAACGCUACGACAGAUACGAGGAGUGUGAUUACAGGGACAGUCGUAGGCGCUCUCCGUCACCGUACUACAGUCGAUACAGGUCUCGCUCACGGUCUCGCUCUUACAGCCCACGACGAUACUAAGCUGAUUAUUUCAGUGUUCAGCUUCCCUCCAAUACCUGACGGUGUGUGACCCACCAAGGUGUUCUCAGAACUGCAUGUCUAUAUUCACAGAACUCCAUUAAGUUCUCAGUUCUUGUUAACAUAUGCUAGAUUUCUUGAGUUUUAGACGUUUUUGAUACAUCCAUAUUGAGUGUGAGCAAAGAUCGAAGCCACUGUUGGUUACUGUUGCUUUAUUCUUCCACUCAAGUUCUUCCUUACUUCAUAUUUUUCUGCGGCAGUGAUUAUUUUUUUUAUUUUUUGGUCAAGAGGUGAUUAAAAGAGAUUCACACUUGUCACUAUUAACUUUGUUCCUGGUAGGAUUUGGAAAUAAAAUAUGGUUUUAGUUAAAAAGAAUGGUGACACUUUAUUUUACAUGCUAUAAUAAGUCAGUAAAUAUGAGAAUAAUUCUGGAUAUGUACAGUAAAAAACAAUACAUUUGAUAAAUCUCAUUGCUGCUUGCCUCUAUUGGAUAUGACGGUAAGUAGCAGGUAAAAUGGUGCUGUAAUAUAAUGUGAUACCUGGCUUUCGGUGCUUUGCUCUCUGCUCACGUUCACUUAUUUUGGUUUUUCUUCGAGGAUUCAUCGUGUCAGUUUCUCCAGAGAGUAUUAUGUAUUGCAUUUUAAUUGUUUCUUUGUAUAGAAAUACAAACGUAUAAAAAACAAA